AUGGAAAAGAAGAAACCUCUUCAAGAUCUUACGGAACUAGAGGAAGUACUGAUUGAAUUUUAUUAAAUUAAAUUAAGUUAUAUUAUUUGCAUAAAUUAUAGUUUUAUUUGUUUAAAUAAAUAACUGUAAUAUUUUAUAAAUGAAGCCCAUUAUUCUGCCCACCGAAAUAUUUAUUUUUAUUAAAUUUUAUAAUUACUACUUUUAUUUCAAUCUGUUACAUUAGCACCCCCAAUUGGGAAUUUCCUUAGGAAAAUUGAUCCAACAGUUAUUGUUUGUAUUUUUAUACAUUUUCAAUCUCAAAUUCCGAAUUUGUACAUCAAUCAAACAGGUAAUAAUAUAUUUAAAGUCGGGAACAAGGUAUAUUCAUUGAAAUAGAUAAUAAUUAUACGUUUUUAAAAAAUAAUGACUCAAUAUUACUAAUGUUAUAUGAUUAUGGAUUAUUAAGUACUCUACAGGCAUCACUGCUGAUGGAACAUUAUAAAUUAUUUGUCAUUGAAUUCAUUUUUUUUUUUAAAGUCUAUGUUUAAUAUAUUGUGUACAAAUAAACAAUAAUAUUCCCCUUACUUUUUGUAGAGUGUAGAGAGAAGCGUUUUACAGUUGACCUUUUAUCCAUCAAUACUAUCUUGUGCUUGGGUAUGAUAAAUGCGAUGAAUUUAGUUUCUAAUGUGUAAAAGAUGAAUUUAAUUUAAUUGAUAGUUAAAAAAUAAAUUGAACCAAAAGUUAGGUCAUGGUUAUAUUUAUUAAAUUUGAAUUUACAAAAAAUUUACAGGAAUAUUCUGUAAAAUUUGAUGAUUGGGAAAAAUAUAAAAAAAAUCUGCAAGAUGGUAAUGUUAAAAAUGGUAAAAGCAAUUUGGAAAAUUAUAAUAAUUAUAAAUUGAAAUUGCUAGAAUCAAUACUAAUGGAUACAGAAAAAGUUCUUGCAACAAAGAAAUACUAUUGUAAUUUAUGCGAUUUUCUGACUGAAGAAGAACAUAGUUGGGAUAACCACAAUGGAACGGUACACCCAGAUAAUACAGAUAAAUCUAUGGCUUUCUGUACUACAUGCUCUAUGUUCAUUCUGCCCAACCAUUUUGAAGAACAUAAUAGUACAAUGGAACACUGUGAUCUUUUAAAAUGUAUACAGGACUUUGAAAAUACAUGGGAAGAACUGGGGAGCAACACUGAUGGUCAAAAUGAACUUAACAAAAGCGAUAAAACUACAAAUGUAUUUAUUUAAUUAAUUGAAGUUAGUGUCAUGAUUUCACUAAGCUAACUAUAUUGUUCUAAUAUUUCAGGCAUUGAUUAAUAUUAGUGAUGUUAUCACAUCAACACCUAAUAAUUCACUCACUACAAUGCCAACUGUGUCACAUGAACCAAAUUUAGAUACAAAAAUAGAAGAAUCAAAUACAAUGAUACACGGGGAAACAUCAAAUGAUGGCGAGUUAAAUGAUGAGGUAAUAUCUAAUACAUUUGUUUUGAAUACUUUUAUAUAAUAAUAGUAAUAAUAUAUAAUAUGAACACAAUAAUACAAUAGAAAAAUGUAAUCUUUUAAAAUGUAUACAGGACUUUGAAAAUACAUGGGAAGAAUUGUGGAGCAACAUGGAUAGUCAAAAUGAACAUAACAAAAGCGAUAAAACUACAAAUGUAUUUAUUUAAUUAAUUGAAGUUAGUGUCAUGAUUUCACUAAGCUAACCAUAUUGGUCUAAUAUUUCAGGCAUUGAUUAACAUUAGUGAUGUUAUCACAUCAACACCUAAUAAUUCAGUCACUACAAUGCCAACUGUGUCACAUGAACCAAAUUUAGAUACAAAAAUAGAAGAAUCUAAUACAAUGAUACACGGGGAAACAUCAAAUGAUGGCGAGUUAAAUGAUGAGGUAAUAUCUAAUACAUUUGUUUUGAAUACAUUUAUAUAAUUUUAAUAAUAUAUAAUAUAUAUAUAUCAAUCAAUUAUAUUUAAGCACAUGUAUAUUAAUUGUAAAUAAGUAUUAACUACAAUAGAGAUGUUUCUAUUUUCAACAUUUUUUUUUUUAAAUUUCUGAUGUAUCUAUUACACAAAAUGUAAUAUAAUUUAUUUGUCUAGGUUUUCUUAAAAAAAAUGAAAAAACAGCAAAAAUGAUUGAUGGAAAGCCUGUUUUCCGAAAAUGUAACCGACCUUAAAGACAAAAUAUAUGGGGUCUAUGUAACAGAAAGACUUAAAUAUUUAAAAAAAUACAACAGUUUAACAGCAUUUUAAAUUCAAGAUAGAUAACAUAUUUUGUGCUCGUGUGAAAAAAUAAUAAUUGCUAGGUUUAUUUUACCUAACAAAUUAUGUACAAUUAUAUUGUCAUGGUUUUAUUUAUUUAUAAUUUUUGUUUUAAAUAGUUAUAACAUAAAGGUAAUAUUUUAAUAGCUGUAAAGUAAAUGUUACACUUCAUAAAACUGUAUGAAUUCAAUUUUAUAUGCAACAUUGCUGCCUAUGUAAACAUUGUUAUGAUUUAUCAUGGUAAUUUACUUUUUUUUAUUUCAAGCGUUUAAUUAAAUCCUAUAAUAUUCGACCAUACUAAAUAUGUAAUUUUAAUUAUAUACCUAUUAGAAUAAAUUAUUAUUUAAGUAGUAUAUUUUACAAUUAAGGGUAUUCAUAGAAGUUUACCAUAGAGAAAUUUAAUUUAAAAAUAGUCCAAAUUCUUCAGCAAUUAUCUCUAAGGACUUUAAGUGAAUUGAUUUCUGUUUUUCUAAUCAUUAUGGAAUCGUUUAAGCUUUAUUUUAAAAUCAUUUUUAUUUUUAUUUUAUCCUUCAUGUACCUUAAAUAAGUUCCUAAUUUUGAUUUUCAAAUAGUGCCCCCCUUUUGAACAGAGAUUUGAAUAUAGAAUAUUUUUCUAGAAAUUUAGAAUCUUAGAAUAAUAUUCUCUGUUUGAAUCUAUGUUCCAAAGAGGUUGGGGGUGGGAGUUCAAAUUUGACAAUCAAAAGUAUGUUCUUAUUUGUGGUAUAUGGAGUGGGGGUAAAUAUUAAAAAUGUUUAAGAAAAAGAUGUUUAAAUGAUUUUUCAUAAUGAUAAAGAAAAACAGAAAUUAAAGUCUCUUAAAAUCCUCAGAGAAGAUUGCUGGUUUAUGAUAAAAGAAAUCACUCCGUAUAGCAGUAUUCAUGAUUUUUUAUUUGCUACGCAAAAUAUGUUUAUUAUUAGUAUAACUGUUGUUUGUAAAUAUGUAAUAAUAUAUUUGUAUGGUACUAAAAAAAUCACUUUUAGACACUAAAAUUAUGAUAAAACUUGUAAGUGUCCAUUAAUAUAAUUUUAUUACUUUUUACAUACAGUGUAAGAAAAAUAUUUAAUAAGUUAACUUUGGUAAAANUCAAGCAUAUGUGUGAUUAAUACGGUUUAUGGAAAUAGCUUUGUAUCAUAUUUUACAUAUAAUUCCUUUAGUAAUUAUCAGCUUAGCAAAAAUUAUCAAAUAAAGAAACACAGUAAUAAUAGGUAUGUUCUACAAAAGUAAAAUAAGUUCCUGAUUAUUUAUUAGUUAGCUUGAUCAGAAAAUUGUUUAAAAAAAUUGCCUUCUCGACUUUCCUUUUGAAUCGUGGUUUCUACGUUUGCACAGUUAAUCGUUGUUGACCCAUAAUGGAUUUAAUAAUGGCAAUAUAUUUUUUUUUUUUAUUUAUCAUAUUUUUAAAAUAUACGAUAAUUUGUUUAAAUUAAUAUCAAUAAAGUACUUAAAUAUUAAAUUAAAUUUGAUCACUUUUAAAAAGGUUAAUGUCACUAUUAAUUAAUAUUUUUUAUAACAUUAGUAGUUAUGAGACCUGUUGUAAAAAUAUCUCUGACAAAAGCUGAAUAUUAUUUUUAUUCCUUGCAUGAAUAUUAAUGUAGAGUACAUAUUUUGAACCAACGUGAUUAUAUUUUUUAUUAUAAAAAUGUCUAAAAAAAAAAAAAAAAUCAUGUAUAAUGUUGCCGCCACAACACAAAAGUUACCUAUGAGUAUUCACGGUUAUCACGGUCGCCGCAAAUUAUUAUUAUCUAUUCGUUGUCCGCCCACCGUAAAGGCGUUGUAAACAUGUAUGUGUUUUUUCUCCGCCGUCGUCGUGUUCGCCGGGUUUAAGUUUCAUUUUUGCCAUACUAAAGGCUCUAACAGCCAAUCUUGGUAGCAUUCAACGGCUCUAAUAGUCCUCAUAGAUUUUACUUCCGUAAAAGUACCUACCGUUGGUCGAUGCAUAGUUGUACGCGCUCGCUAACGAAUAACUUCUUUUUUUUUUUCUAAUAGGUACGCAAAAAUCGUCGGCUCUUAUUGUUUUAACACAGUAAAAUAUAGCGAUGUGUUCAAAUAGACGGCCGGAGUUUAUUGUAAAUUGUGUUUCGUUGCGACCGUUAUAACUAUUGUUGAGGUAGUCGGUUUUAAUAGCCACCUAAAAAUUGUUACCGUAAUUAUUAUUCAACUCGGUUACCGAAGAUCUCGUAUUUUUUUUCUGUUUCCUAUUUUGUAUUCUUUAGCGUGUGCGUUGUAUUAUUAUUUGUAUUCAUUCAUAUUUAGCUGGGUGGCGGCUGGCUAGCAGUGACAAUUAUUGUGAGUACCUAUCUAUAUUAUAUUAUUUUCAUACUUAAAAAUUACAUUGGAUGUGCCGAAUUAUUUUUUACAAUAAUGAUAAUAAUAAUAUUUAUUAAGAAAAUUACAAACAGUACAUAUAUAUAUAUAUAUACACACACAUGUAUAAAAUAAUAACAAUGGAAGAUUUGCAACUCCCCAUUAAGCGUAGCUUGUGUAGAGGAGUUAAAAAUUGAGUUGCGGUAUAUCUAAAUAAAUUAAACAGAUUAAAUUAAAUAUAUAUAGGAGAAUAUUUGAUGUAUACUAUAUUAUUUAAGAAUGACUUAAGUGAAUUUACAUUAUGAAAGUUAUUUAAAUAAUAAUUUACCCUUUUUCCCUCACAAUAUGUAUAUUAUAAUGUAAUUUUUAAAAGAUGAUUAGUUAAAAGUGUGGGUGAAAUAUUAUAGUAUUUCACUUCCAAAAAAAUUCAAGAGGGUGUAAGUGCACCUCUUGCACCCCCCUCCCGAGAUUACGCCCAUGGUUAUCACAGUUCACAAUCGUUAUUCGAAUUUCGAAAUAUAUUUGAGUUGUUAAGGUUGUUGUCCGAUUUGCCAUUCAUCUUUCGUAGUAAAAAACAUUAAAUCAAACUUCAAAGUACCAUAAUCAUGUUAUCACCAUGUAUAUACCAUGUGUCUUCAGCAGACAAACCUGUACUUUUUGGAUUGUCGAACUUUGUUUAGUUCUCUUCUAAAUGCAGUUUUAAAUUAUUUAUUUUGCGUUUUACAAAAUCCUCAUCAGUCCUUGAACCCCUUGAACCCCUUGAACCCUGUCUCCCACUCAAAUGGCGCCCAUGACCGAGACACCAAGUUGUCGUAAAUAUAAAUCAAUUUUUAUUUUUUGAUUUUUCCUAUUUAUUAUCAAAACUACUUUGGAUUUUAAUUAAAUGACUCUUCGUUAGUGGCUAUAUGUUAAAAGUAAUCGAUCUGUUGUCAAUUUUGGAUUGGAUCAAUAUUCCAUAUUCAUAUUUCAUCAUAAAGUAUAGUGAUCGAAAAAUAAAGUAUCGCGUAAUGUAGUCAAUUUUUUUGUAAACUUUAAAACAAUUCAAAACAAUGUGUUUAAUCGAACUACGAUCAGAUUCGUUUUUCGCUAGCUGCAAUGAUUCAGAUAUCGUUGCGUACAGUUAUAAAUUAAAUUAGGUACUAUACAUGCAUCCUACACCUGCGCACCUACAACAGUGGCACAACCAUCAGCGUAUUUUCAGUUUCAUUUUAUUUUAGCUUUUGGUACCUAUUUAAUUUUACCAGAGAUUCCAGACGGAAAAAACGUACACCGCACAAACAAACCGACGAUAGUCUAUAAUACGCACUGGCGCGCGCACACGACCGUCACAAACACGGCACAAUUUACGGUAGCCGGGUUUAUUAUGUGUGUGUACACGUAAUAAAUAAUAAUAAUAAUAAUAAUAAUAAUAAUCACAAUAGUAAUAAUAAUCACAUACCUAUUUUGAAACGGACCGCUAACGACCGCAACUCGUCGUACGAUAUGUUUCGCGACCAUAUUUGGCCACGUCUCUAGCGUGGCGGUUAAUAUGAAAAAAAAAAAAAUAAAAAAAAAAUAAAAAUAAAAAUAAUAUACCUACCUAAUUAUAAUAAAUAAUUGUGAUAGUCCGGCCGGCGUGCACACACGUACUAGUGUCUAUGUAUAUUGUUAUAUUGUAUAUUAUAAUAUAUUUAUGCAGAGUAAUCACUAAUCCGGGGCCGGUAGAAUGAUUUUGUCAUGAGUGGAAUAGUGGAAUUUUCUUUUAUACACAUAUACUAUAUAUUAAAAUAUAGUUGAUACUGCUGAUGGGUGCGCUAUUGUUGAAGGUGGAAAGUUGUACAAAUAGGAUACAUAAGAGUUAUUUAAUUUAUAUCUGUAUAAAUAACGAUAAACCCUUUGCCUACGAAAAACGAUUCUGAACAAAUUCGCUUUUACAUGAUUGAAAUAUUUACGAUUUCCGUCAAAAUUUGAUCUUAAUACCAUUAUAAAAAAAAUUACUACAUUACACUCAACUUUUUUUCUUGUUUUGAUCACCAAGAACAACUUAUAAUAAACUUCCUGUUAAAUUUGUAUGCAUUUUUGUUUUAGAAAACAAAUAUAUCCGUAUAGUACCUACCAAAUAAAAACUCGCAAAUAUAAAAUGCUUAUAAAUAAUUCGAAUAUCGCCAAAAUGUUUUGAACAUUUUCCACGUUUAGACAAGGCAUAUAUAUUUAAUAAAAUAAUGAAGUAAAAAUAAAAUUAUUAAACGGUUAAUAAAAGUAAAUAAAUAAUUAUUAAAUAAAAAUAAAUAAAUGCGUCGCCUGGAGUAUUACGUGUAUUGUACGACAGGUUUCGAAUUAAAAAUUUAUCAUCAGGUAAAUCACAAAGGCAAAAAGUAAAACGCGACUGAAUAUGAACAAAUAAAUUAUAAAUAUUUAUUUUUUAAAAAAUAAAUCCUCCAGGUGACGCUUGGUUCAUUUAUUUAUUUAUACGAUUAUAUACGAUAUCUCUACGAUUAUUUUUAACAAACAGAAAAACAAAAUUGAAAAUAAUAUGAAACCAUAAUUUCCGUAAAUUGCCCAGUUCUUUCUACGUUUUUUUCGGUUUUGUUCAGUUAUUAAAAAAACUACAGGGAAAAUAAAUAAAACAUAGGAAAAACGGGAAAAUAGGUACAGUAUUAAAGAAAUAUUAUUGAAUAAAAUGUAUAAUGCAUAUGUAAUUAUUUUAUCAUAAUAUGAAAUAUACGAAUACAUUGUUGACAAAGCAACAAUAUUAACCGAACUCCGCUCAAUAUCGCUUUUCGUCACUCGUUAUAAUAACGAUUAAUCGUUGCGUAAAGAAACGCAUUAAAUUUCCGCUCUACCUUCCCAACUUCUCGGCUACAACAGUGGCACACACACGUGCGAAAUAUGACCGUUUUUUUAAUUGCAUAGUUUGCCAUUUCAAAAUCAAAAUGUGAUGGUGAUGGCUUUUAUAUGAUCAUGAUCGUUGGGCAGGCACUGCACGUUUGAUAUUUAUUAUAAAGCGCUCUAUUAUACAUAAUAAUAAUAAUAUUAUUACUAUUGUAUGACGUACUAACGCACGCUUGUUUUGGUCGCCGUUGCGGGACGGGCCAUCAUUGGCCGGAAAGAAUCAUUCAGCACAUGAAAUAAAAUCCAUCGUUCGAUAUACAGGGUGAUAAAUUCUCGAUAAGACACUCAUUAUCUCGGAAUGGCUAUUAUUUAGUGACGGUAUGUAUAAUAUUCUACUUUUUCAACAAAUCAACGUCAUCAGUUUUAAAUUUUGAGUGUACCGAAGAAUGCAUUGGUUUUACGCAGAUAUUUAUUUUAUUAUUUUUAUUUUUUUGUGAACACUUUUUCUAUCAAAAACGUUACUCCGAUAUAUACGAUGCAGACGUUUUUCUGAAAGGAAAUUUUCUUCGGGAGGUACUUCAGGAUUUACAAUGAUAGCACUUUUUCCGUAAAGAAAUCUGACUGGAAAAAUACUUUAAGGAGGUGAUUUUUCGAUUUUCUCUACAGUUUUCCCAGGAGAUGUGAAAAACUGGGGAAAACGUAGGAAACCCGGGAAAAUUGGUAUAUUAAACAAAUAUUAUUAAAGAUAAUAUAUAGUGCCUAUUAAAUUAUUUUAACAUAAUAUGACAUAUAUUGUUGACAAAGUAUCACUAUAAACUUAAUUCUACUUAGAAUCGUUUUUUCGUUAGCAAUGGUUUUUCGUUGCUUACAGAUAUACAUUAACGAAUUACCUAUACCAGUGGCUGCACCCGUCCCCAUUAUUCUAGGGCGUCUUUUUUUUACUACUUCUCCGAGAGAAAUCACGGAUCACUUCAAAAUGUAUCGUUUUCCUAACCAUAGAUAUCCGUGCUUGUCAUCCAUGGGCAAUUUGGUCAAAUUUGAGAAAUUGGUCCAGUUUUAUUUACCGUCGAUUAAAUGCGAUAAUUUUUUUGUAGAAUUUAAAAUUUGGAAAACUAAAAUAGGCAAUGAAGAUGUCAAUACCAUAAGUGGAUUAAAAGCACUUUCGAGCGGUUCGGUUAGGUUUCCUAAACAUACAGUUCUUAAUUAAAGUAUUUUGUACACUGUCAGUAUCUACAGCUACACCAGAGAGAUCAUUUUCAACAUUGAAAAGAUUGAAAACAUACCUUAGAUCAGCGUUUCUCAAACUGUGGGUCGCGACCCACUGGUGAGUCCCGAGUCAAUUUUUGGUUAAAAUCGAAAAUUGUUUUGAAUUAUAUAGAUUCCAAGAAAUGCAUGUUUUUAAAUUCUAAAUGGAGGGAAGAAUGUAUUGGUUUAACAAUAUUUUUUUUUUUCCGUGGAAAACUUUUCUACCAGCAAUUUUGCUCCGAUUUUCAAGUGUAUAGCGCACUAACACGUUUUCUGAAAGAAAAUCUGACUGUGGUGGUACUUUCGGGAGGUCGUUUUUUACAUUUCCAGCUGUUUUCAUAAACUACUUUUUGAAAAGUAAACCCAUGUGAGUAGCUAUAUAUUUUUGGGGGAAAAUUUGGGUCGCGGUCCCAAAAGAACCACUGCCUUAGAUCAACUAUGAUAGAAGAAAUACAUUAAUUAUUUAGGAAAUGUUUAUUAAACAAGUUAAAACCUAUAUGUAUUUUUAAUUUAAUUUUUAUGUGGGUUAGGCAAAAUGGACUAGCAUUGAUGUCUAUUCAUCGGGCCAUACUCCUGAAUGUAGAUGAAAUAAUUGACGAAAAAGCAUUAUGUCCUAGGCAAUUAGAAUUUGUAUUGUAAACUCUCAACACCCAAUCAUAUAGUAAAGCAAUAAAAUAUAGUUUUAAUUAUUUAUUGUGAUUAAAAGCCCAACCACUAAAAUAUACACUUGGUGUGCACGUAUUUCGGCAACAAUGUUAUAUAAAUACAUUUUUUGUAUAAGUCUUUUUUAUUUUAUUUUAUGAUAUAGUUAAGUAAUAUUAAAUAUUAUUCUAAUCUGUUUUUUUUAAAUCUUACAUCUAGUGCACGUCACCAUGGAACUAUACAAUAUUAUAUAAUUUGUACAUAGGACUAAGAUUCUAUUUUUAUUUAAAAAGUUGUUAUUGGUGGGUACGGGGGAGGGGGGUCAAAGCCCCCGCGGCUCUGUGUUCUGCAAAUUAUUUGGACCCUCUCAUGACAAAUUCCUAAAUACUACACUGAUCCUUCUUGUAUAGUAGAGAACAGGCGCGCAAUAAUAGUGGAUACCUAUACAGGUAAUGUAUAUUUAUUACUUUUAUACGUACAAAUAGAAAAAAAGUCCAAGGGGGAGAAUUUACACCCAAAUCCCAAAUUCCCAACACGCGAUAACGUCACCGGUUCCCAUUGAACGCUUCACCCUGAAAUUGCAUUCCAACAGAAUGUAUACGGGGUGAUCAAUCUAUCAUAAGACACUCGUUAUCUCGGAAGGUAUUAACUUUUUCCGGAAUUUGUUUUCUAGAACAUUUAAGAAACAAGCUGCUCUACAUUUAUAUUUAUGCUAUUUUUUGUCACCCUCAUAUAGAUAUUCCACUUUUAAGUUUGGGUCGGGGGAGAGUGGUGGUGCACUAUUGACACGCCGUACCGCCACACAAAUGAUACUCCACUACUCUUCCCCGACCCAAACUUAAAUAUUGAAUAUCUCAUCAACGGAUCGACGGAAAUCAAAAACGUCAACACCAAAACUUAUUUUAACUAACACUUCGUUUAUUCGUGGACUUUUUAAUCGAAAUUGGAUAGACAAAAAAAUCACAUAAAUAUAAAAUUGUCGAGCGGCUCGUUCCUUAAACGUUCUGGAAAACAAAUCGCGGAAAAAGUCAAUACUUUCCGAGAUAAUGAGUGCCUUAAAUGACAGAUUGAUCACCCCCCGUCUAAGUGUCUCGUCGAAACCGUCGCGCGGUUAGGCGCAAUCACAACGGCCGACAAUACGCCGUACAGUAUACGUCUUGUAUAUAACACGCGUACGCCACCUACAACUGCGCUGCGCCACGGUAAUAGUAAUAAUAAUAAUAAUAAUAAUAAUAACAAUAAUAAUAUUAUUUAUAUAAAUAUAUAUUUUUUUUGUAAACACGCUCUUGUCGUCGUAGGCGGCCAAAACGGCGUGCACGCUCGUGCGCGUGCGUGUGUGUAUUUACGCGUGCGCGCGCGCGGUCCCCGUGAAAGCCGCCGCCACCGCCGCCGCCGCCGCCGCCGCCGUCGCGUCGAAGGAUUUAUUUUUAAAUCUCCCGCCUUCGCCUCCGCCGUCUAAACGUCAUCCCGAAGCGGCACCGGUGGUGCGUCCGCCGAUUCUUCGCGGGACAAUCGUUCGCCACGGCCCAGUGUACUCGCAGUGUCGCAGCGACAACAGCAGCGCAGCAUCUAGACAUCUGCGAAAGAGAAAAAAAAAAUAAAGAAAAUAAUAGACGAUAAUAAUUUUCAAAAAACACGGCAGCACCCGUCCGUCUCUUCAGCCGCCCGUCACGCUUACAAACGGUUUUGUUUUGUUUUUUUUUUUUUUUCUUACGGAAAUUUUCGUACUAAAUAAUUGCAUUUUAGUCCCGGAUCGGAUCCGGUUUUCAACGUCACUCCGGACACGUUUUUUCCGCCCCGGGUCUAACGGUUUUUACGCCCACGCUUUUCGGUAUAUAUUAUACAGCGAUCGGGUUUGUGACGUCUGCACAGUCGACCGGAGUGCCAUCGCCGGUAUGUAUUUUUCCUAAUAUAUAAUAAUGUAUAGGCUGUAGCUGUACAGGCGGAAUCCACAUCAUUAUUAUAUGAUGUAUAUAUGGUAUAUCCUAGUGUAAUUUUUUUUUCACGUAAAAGUUAUCUAUUUCAUCACGCAUAGACACUUGCACACGGUGCGUGUGUAAUUUUUUUUUCAACUUACCCAAUAGGUGCGGAUGAUUUUGUAGGUAACAUUUUUAAGAUUACUCUGCGCACAACAUUGUCAGUAAUGUCUUGUGUGGACGUUGUACUCGUACAUACAUGUUAAAAAAAUUUAAAUGUAUAAUUAGUGAAUACCUAACCAUGUUUGUUGUGAAAAGUUAACCGUUUGAAUAUAUUUUGAAAAAAAAAAAAAACUUUCACAGAAGAGUGAAUAUAUAUUGUAAAAUAACAAUAUCAUAAAAAAAAAAAAACCAAAAAUACCACCAUGUGACAUAUUACCAGUUGCGCGUCACGCCAUCGAAAUCCAAAAAGUUAAUCAAAAGUACCCCGUCCCCUCUUCCUGUAAUACUCAACGAGAAUAUUCGAGAAUAUUCUUCAAGCAUAAUAUAUAACUCGCACCGCAUCCGCUAGUGUAUUAUAGGUACUCGUUCUUAAACCGUACCUAUUUUCAUAUGGGCGUAGGAUAGAGGGGUAGCUCUAUUAGUUCCCGAAAUUACCUGCAGCUCUCUUUAAAAAAUUACCCCUCUGGAAAAGGUUCUUUCGUUACUUUUUUCUUUUCUUUUUUUUUGAAUUAUAAGAAAUGUCAAAGGUUUAUUCUACGUCGUCAAUAAAAAAAAACGAAAAUUGUUAAAUUUUUCGAGAAGAGUAUUUUUGCUGAGCUUCGUGAAAUCCAUGAGUAGUAAAAAAAGGAAAACACAAAAACAAGAUAAUAAUAAUGUCAAAUGGCCCGUUAUAGUUGUGAUAUAUAUUUUUUUUACAAUAAAAUCACUGCCGUGAUGAUUGAACAAAUACAUAUUAUCUAUGUAUUGCUGUAAAUCAAUCGUAUAUCUACACUAUUUUUUUAUAUUUUUCUAAAUUUCUAAAUUGUAAAAUACUUUAUAUUUCACGUGAGGUUGGUCACCUAAAGCCCCCUGUUGAAUUCGUCUCUGAAUAACCUAAUGUUUUUAAAAGUAUAUAUGAUAUGGAGACAACGAGAAUGUAUACUGCUCGUAUGUGUACUCGAAUGUAAACAAUUUUGUUAAGGGCAUAGCCAUCCAAACUGUGGGGCUGGGGCACAGAAUAUCACCACGCAAAGUCUAUGCCCAUUUCGUUGUUCGAAUACCUAAUUAUCACUGGGUAUUGGAAAAAAAAAAUCACGGCUGUGGCCCAAUACGUGACUAUAAUAAAAACCAUUAAAUAAUCGCAUUUUCGGAAUUUUCGGAAUUUGAUUUUGCUUAUUAUUAUUAUUUUUUUGUUUUUUCAAUUUCGACGGGGAAACCAUUUUGUCUGUGCUGUUUGCCGGCGACGUUCUAUAAUCUGAUCAAUGCACUUCUUUAGUAUAGUUUUAUUUUCGAGUAUUUAAUACAAUUUAAUAAUAAUUAUUGCCGUUCGUAAAUAUGACGCACGCUUUGACUCUCUUUUACCAUAUAAUGUGUGCUUUUUCGAUGGUUUUUUUUUUAUACAUUAUAUUAUAUUAUACAUUAUUCUAUCACUUAAUCGAAUCAUGUAUGUUAUAUAAUUGUACACCUAUAUAUGGUUUUGACUGUUGAGUAUCGGAGUAUUGUUUAUUUUGGACGUAUACAGGAAAAAAUUCUAUAGGACAAAUUUAAUGUUUGUCAUCAUGUACUUUUCAUAUACCUAGAUUAUAUUAUAUAAUAAAGUUUAAUGUCUGAGUUUCGAUUUUUCGUGCACAUUUUGUGGUGCAUUCUUAUCGGCAGUUUAUUAUAAUAUAUAUGCAUAUAUGCCACACGAGAUUUUGUCUUCUGUGCAUACCUACAAAAAUAAACGUCGUUGUAUAAAACGCAUUCUUCGCUCCGCUCGCAAGCGUGCAGUAGAUUUCUAGAGAGUAUUUACAAAACGAAAAACUGUUUUUAUACAUAUUUGUGGAUAUAGCCCGUCACCACGGCGGCGGCGGUAUUCGUAGAAGUUUUUGCGUAAACAAUAGAUUUGAACGAGGCUUGAUUAUUUAACAAAUCAGAGUGUGAAUAUACCUAUGCAAUAGUACAAUACUUCAAACUAUUUGUGUUCGACUUUUAGUUCCGAAUUUGCGUCUAGUGCGAUUGAAAUUAAGCACCAACAAUAUUAUUGCAUUUAACUUAGUUUGCGCUUAAUUAUAUAGUUAUACUUAACUAUAACUGUCAUAUUAUACUGUUACGUUUGGCAGGGACAUUCGUGGAGAAGUAUAGCUCAUUCUAUAGGUACAAAUCACUUUUGGCAUCAAUGUAAGAUGAGUGAAUAUCACCUCCCCCUCCCCCCAUUAUACCUUCCUGACACUAAAUGUAUAUUAUGAAUUUACGGGUACACGUCAACGAUCAGUAUAAUAAAACAAGAUCUAAUUAAAAAUAUAACUAAAUUUGUUUAUUACAGUUUAAACAAAAUGUGUGCACAUAUUAUAAUAAUCAUAAUAUCAUAACAUAUUAUUUUAUAUUAAUCAUCGUAAUGCUAUGCCAACCGUGUAUAGAAUUCAAUUCAACCUUAUCAACAAUUUCUUUUAUUUACUGUUCAAAGUAUUUCCAUCUGUGUGUGAAUGUUGAGUACGCCAGUACCACAGUGCGAAAAUGUUUCGCAGAACUCGUAUUUACAAGGUAUUUAGGUCAUUGUAUCGUGGAAAUAAGUUAACAAAGAACAAAUGUUUAUAUUUAAUUAGGUAUUUAUUUGAAAAGUCCGAAUUAUUGAAAAAUAUAUUUAUUUUCUCAGGUGGUGCAAAUGCACCACUUAGCACCCCCUUUUCGCACUAUCCCGGCUAUCCCGGCGUUUCUGAGGUUAGGUCGGGUUAGGUUAAAUAGGAACCAAAAUCAUUGUUUAAAAUGUAUAAAAUGUUGUUAAAUUUUUUAUUUAUUUGGUGCAUCGAGGAGGGCAUUUGUUUGAUUUUCGUUGAUUUUUUCUUAAUACGUGGAGAAAUCCGGCAAUAGUUUUGUUUCUUCAACAAAGAACAACAUAUUACUAAUAAUAUUCUGAUCGGAAUCGUUUUUCGUUAGCAGUGUUUUAUCGUUGCGUAACAGAUAUAAAUUAAAUUACUCUGUAUAUCCUCCCUUUCAAAUUCCUUCCUAAAACAGACAAGAGUGGCACGUCCGUCAAAAGUAUCAGUAUUUUAUGAAUAUUAAUACAAAAAAUAUUAUACAAUAAUAUUCGAUAAUAUUUCAUGGCCGAAAUAAUAUUUAUUUAAUUAGGUAAGUUGUAUUUCGAGUUUGAAUUGUACCACGCGUGCAGACUUAUAAUAAUUUUAAUGUAUCCGCUCAUUGUUUUGCGCGUAGUCCAAUAAUACUGACACCUAUAAUACCCAAUCGUUUACUCGGAGGAAAUUGUAUUAUUUAAACGACCAGCAGUUUUAAUUGGUAGGUAUAGCUGCAGACCUGCAGUAUAAAUAUCAAUUUCAAUUUGAAAAAUGCGAGAGUUAUAAAUAAGUAAUAUAAUCAAAGCGACUUGCAGUAUGUCUUAGCGAUAACGCGCGGUUCAAUAAUAACAGGUAAUUAAUAAUAUUAUACAGAGUGUUUUUUUAUUUUUGUAAUCAAUCGAUUUUCUACGAACAUUUUUUUCGAUUUUAUCAGUCAUUAGGUACCUAUAUAGAAGACUUGCUUAAAUAUUUAUAAUGAUAUACAGAGUGAUUUUUUAAUCAUGCUUAGUGUUCAUCUUAUUUUUAUGGUUAAAUUAUCCAUUAAUUCAAAUUCUGAUAUUCGGAAUUUUUAAGUGUAGUGAAAGACGAUAUUUAUUAGUGCUUAGAUUUUUCACAAUAUUUAAAGAGUAUCCUGUGAUAAUACUAACUUUAGUUUUUUAAUGAGAAUCUAUACGUUUUAAUGCAAAUCAUGAAUUAAAUGAUUUUUCCGAAAAUGUUGAUAUAUUUUGAUUGAAAUCUGAACCGCAAAUGUCUGAGUUGUUCUCAGUUCUGAAUGUUUACGUAUUAUUUGACCAACAUUUAAUUGACCCAUACAUGCAUCGGUAUUUUUUUUAACUAAUAACAUUAUGCAAUUAUUUAUGGAAAUAUUUUUGUCCUGUCAUUUUAUAUUUUAGCCCAUUGUGCACGGUUAUUAACAUGUUAUCAGUGACACGGUACUUGUCUAGGAUUUUGGUAUUUUGUAUCGUAGAUACAUUCGCGAUCUAUUAUAUGAUUGCAUAUUAUUUUAAAGCGCGUAGACAUUCGCUAUUCAAAAAUCAAAUGUCGACAAAUUUGUUGACAGUAAAUGGAAACGUUUAUAAACUUUGUCCGAGUUUGGCCCAAGUUGAGGUACCUAAUUAUGACGUAGUUUUUCAUCGGCUAGGACCUACAGGUUUUAAGUUUUCAAUUACGACAUUAAUUUCUUUCGUGCAGCAUUGGAUUUACGAGUAGAUCAACAAGUAUUGGUUAUGUUUUAUAAAUCUCCUAAAACUCUAAAAAUCACUCGUGGUUGCGUUUCGGCUAGGACCCAACUCGUAUAGGGUCUGUAAAUACACUGUAAUAACGUUUUAAUAUUAUAAUUACAAUACGGGGAUAAAUCAAAAGUGAUUUUACUCGAAAUGUUCGUAUACAGUAUUAUACAGAUAGUUAUUGCUGAAUUGUGAUGACGAAAAAAAAAUCACUAUAUAAUAUAAUAUUGUAACCAUAUUUAGUAUAGUGGUAGGUACGCGGACGAAUCGUACAUUUCACUUUGAUACCUACCUAAUAAUAAUACUUACUUAUUACCUAAUAGUGCGUCUGCGACAGUAUAGUAUAAAUCCAUAAUAUCGACCUCGAAUUAUUAUUAACGAAACCAUGAAUAGACAUGGAGCAUAUAAUAUACAUAAUAUAUUAUCAUGACCGAUAGGUACAUUCACGCUCAAAAAAUUAUACGCUCGGCAUUUCUGUUCAGGAAUAUUGUCGAGUAUAUUCGUACCCAUAUAAGGACAAUAAUAUUAGCCGUAUCAGCAGCUAUCACGAUUUGACGUGACAAGUUUUGUAUAUACAUAUAGGCAUUGCAUUAGCCUUCUCCCAAGGAGAAGGCGCCAAUUGUACAUACGACAAGUUAAUUCAUAAGUUAUUUAGUAAACGAUGGCAGCAGUGAGUGAAGUAUAUUGUAUUAAACAUAUCCCUUAAUACUGUUGUCGGUUAUACUCGGGGGCGGGGAAGUCUUGUGUUAUUAAUAUUAUUGUGUGUAUAACAGCAUAAAUGUACAAAUAUUAUUAUUAUUAUUACCUAUCGUCACAUUUUUGCAGGAUUUAAUUAUAUUUUAUGUAACGUCCACGCCACUGCAUCACAGAUAUUUAAUUAGACGUUUUACAAGAAAAAUCAUACAAGAAUUUUAUUUUUACAUAAAUCAUAUUAUUUAAGUACCGUGAGAAUAUACGCUUAAUUUAUCCGUGACAACGCGAUAACCUAUAUAAUAUUUCCGAGGGUUUUUUUUUUUAUAUUCUCUUCAAGGUGAUUUUUCUCUGUAUUUUUUUUUACCUAGAUACUUAUCUGUUUGUCGUGUGCAGAUUAUAGUACUAUUAUUAUCAACGAAGAUCAAAAAUGUACAGUGAAAAAAUUGUGCGCUUUUAUGCAAUUAGUUUUUUUUUUUUUUUUAUAAGAAGUUUAUCUCGUAAUAUUUAGUAGAUACCCCUGUGUAUAGCCAUAUAAGUAAUUUAAUUGUACCUAAUAAAUUAUAGGUAUUUUAUGGGCGAAUUAAUUUAAACAUAACAAUACAGGGUAAAUAGUGAACUAAUUGAUUUUUUUUAUUAUUUUUUUUGCAAUCAUUAUGGAAUUGUUUAAGUUUUAUUUCAACAAUAUUUUGACUUUUCGAAUACCACUCCUAAUGUACCUUAAAUGAGCAUGCAAUGUUGAGGAACACCUACAUUUAAACAUAUUUGAAUAGAGAUAAUUUUUAUAAAAAUAACGAUGCGCAUAAUUAUUUAUUAUAUAAUAUCAUUUAGAAUUACCAUUUAUGAGUUACCUAUAACAGUUUCAAGAUUUAAACCGGAGAAGUAUAGGGAAAAGUUGAUCAAUUGAUCAUUUAAAAAUGGAUAUGAAGUUUAAUACCUACCCUUCCCCUACUCAUCCAGUCUAAAUUCUUACCUGUUACUUCUUAGAGAGGUAAACAAUUGAAAAUAGUGUUAAAAUACAGAAAAGAAAAUUCCAUAAUAUAAUGAUAGAAAGACAAAUUUAUCACCACCAUGUAUAUUUGAAAGUAUCAGCUAUAUAUUUCAAAUUGUGUAUCAUUUGAAAAUAACUUUUUUUCUAUACAGUUAAACUUUUUUAAUUUUUGGAAAUUAUUACUAGUGCAUUGAAGUAGGACCAAAUUAAAAUUGUAUUUAAUAAAAAAAACCCCGUUGGUAAACUUAUAGCUCAGAAAAAAAAAAACAAAUUGAAUUUUUAGAAACCACACCAAAUAAUGUUAAUACUUAACUAAUAUAAUUCACAAUUGAUAAACUGUAAUAUAUAAUAUAAACAACUCAAUAUGCAUUAAUAUUUUCCUAGGUAGAUACCAAUGUAAAUCAUCUAUCUUUCCUUUUUCUCCUUCCCGUUCAUCCUAACUAUUUGACAAUAUAAAUAGAUAAUUUUACCGUUUAAAAAUUGCUUUAUCUACCAUGAAACCUCUUAAUAGACAAAACGAGGUCAUAACCUGUCUAAAACAGACAACAGACUCUUUUUAAAAUGGAUAAUGACUGUAAUGUUUCUUCAAGUUCUGAUUUUUGGCAUUUUUAAGUAAAGUGAAAAAAUGAUAUUUUCAAAUAGGUACUUAGAUUUUUCACAACAUUGAAGGAGUAUCCUAUGGCAAUAAUAACUUGGGUUUUUCAAAUGAGAACCUACAUGUUUUAAUGCAAAUUGUUAAUCAGAUGAUUUUUUUUAAAACUUUGACGUAUUGUAAUCGAAAUUUGAAAGAAAAUUGUCUAAUUUAUUUUACUUAAAUACUAAAGAAUAAUAAUUGCACGAAUCAAAACAAGAAAUUGCUUAUACACAAUUCCUAUUUAAAGAAGAAUAACUCAGAAACUUUUCGUUCAAUUUUCGAUUAUCUACAAUUCGUCAACAUUUUGAGAAAAAUCAUCCAACUGAUAAUUUGUAUAAGAACAUGUAAGUUUUCAUUUAAAAAACCAAAGUUAUUAUUAGCACAGGAUACUCCUUACAUAUUGUAAAAUAUCAAAGUAUGCGAAAAUGCUGCACUGUAAUUAAAAAUUUCAAAAAUCAAGAAUUUGAUUUAUGCAUAAUUAAACCAUAUAAAUCAUCCUGUACAUUAUAAUAUAACGAUAUCAUUAUUGUUAUUAAACAAGUUGUGUAAAUAAUAAUAGUACUUAAAGAUUAUCCUUCUCCCCUCUCCAUGACAAAUUAAUUUGACUGUCAUUGUAAUUAAAUGUUAUAAAAUAAAAUCAUUAUUAUCUACUAGAGAAAUAAUUUUUUUACUAGUUUAAAUAUUUGGAUUCAUAAUAAACACAUAAAUAACCGAAAGUAAUCAAUAAUCAAUGUACAUAUUUUAUAGAGCAUGUUCUACUAUAUAAGCUAUAAAUAUUUUGUUUUGCGUGAGUGUAAUUUAAUACAUUUUUUUGUAGCCAGUUGUAGCGUUUAAGUAUGAAAUUAAGUCUCUUAAAGAAUUACAUCAUUUAAUCACCACCCUAGUCAGAUUUCUUUUCAGAAAAAGUGGUGUCAUUGUAAAUUGAUUGAAAAAUUCAAUAGAAAAAUGACCUCCCUAAAGAAAGUGCUUCCACACACCGAUUUCCUUUCACCCUUUCGGAAAAAGUGCUACACGUAGAAAUCCGAGCAAGUCUUCUGGUAGAAAAGUUGAUAAAAAAAUAUAAAAAAAAAUUAACAUCUUUGUAAAACUAUAUGCUUCUUCGCUCUAUUCACAGUCUAAAAGAGAAAAAGCACCAUUAAAUCCUUAGAGUAAAUAUUUUUACACGACUAUUUUAUAGGUAGUAAAAACAAAAGUGUUGUUUAUAAUAAUAUAGGAUAUUAUUACUCCUCAAAAAAUUAAUUAAAAACGAAUAUUGUGCGCGGGAGAUUGCGAUUGUUUAUUUAGAAAACAAGAUUAUAUUAUCAGCUUUUGUUUACAUUCACUUGCAUACGGUAGUCAUAGUAAGUAAUAAAUAAUAUAAUCUAAGUAUAAGUAUAAUCCUUAGUAUCUCUGACGGCAUCAGCAGUUGUUUGUGUUACAUAAUAAUAAUAUGUUCGUUUGGAGUGUUAAACACGUAAAACUAUAUGUAUACAUUGUACAUUUACGUACAUAUAAUUGCAUGCUUCGUAUUCAUGUUAACCGUACUCGGAAAAUAAUAAAAAAACUAUAUGGAGCUUCUUUUUAGAUUGGGAUCGUAGCGAGAGAUCUAUUGGUUUUACUAUGAUGUGUUUUUUUAAAUUAUUUUUUCUGCGGUGUGAACCACUUUUCUAAAAGAAAUGUUGCUCUGAUAUACAUAAAGUGUAGCACCUUUUUCGAAAGGGAAUUAUAUCUUGUUGGUGCAUUAAAUAGAUCAUUUAAUAGGUUUUCAAAAUAAUUGGAAAAAUCCGGAAACAAAAUCAUAAGCAAGACGGAAAAUAUUUAUGAUGCGCCGCCGCGAUGUUACCGAUUCCAUUGUUGUUAAUUUUUGCAAACUAUGCCUAGAUGUACUCUCAAGAUAUCCCGUGCAUCAAAAUAUACUGCGUUCAAAAUAUCCUAUGUACAGCAUAUCCCUACUAAUAUUAUUUUAUAUAUUAUUAUAUAUAUUAUUUUAAUAUAUUAUUUUUACACACUAAUAAUAAGAAUAAGAAGAAUAUUAUCACUAUUAUUUGAUACAAAAUUGCCUAUAUAGCCCCUUAUAAUUAGCUCCUUGUGCUUUUUCCAAAUAUUCGUGAUAAUAACGGAUAACGUUAUAAUAGAAAUCAAUUAACGAUUAAAAAAUAACGGACAAGAAACGCAAAUUAUUAAUCAUUUUUAUCGAGUAUGCAAUAAAUUUUAAAUUCAGUCUAUAAUGCUUAAAUGCAAAUUUUAUUUAAUCAUUAAAUUCUACACGUUUAAUUAUGCAAAGACUUCAACAUUAAAUUAAAUUCAUAACGGUUAGUUAUAUAAAAACCAUUUUAACGUUGUACGCUAAUUUUAAAUUAUGUUUAAAUAAUUGUUCUUAAUGUUGGACAGAAAACUGUAUAAACGUUUAAUUUGUACAUUGUUGAAACAUAUAUUUAAUUCCGUUUGAAUUCUUUGUAACGUUAAACGAUAAAUUGCUCAUAACGUUUAAAUUUCUCAUAAGGAACAGUAAACAAUAUUUUUAUUUUUUUAGCCCUGUGAUAUACACGUCCCGUCUCCUUUAAAUUUUUUUUUUAAAUAACAAUUUAUUUAUUACAUAUGAUCCACAGACUUAUGUUAACGUUUUAUAGUCGUGUAGAUUUUUUAGUGUAUAAUUAUACGGAGUACCUUUUAGAUUAAAUUGUUUUAUAUUUUCGGUGUGUGGUCUCCGGAGAAAUAGUUGCACUGCGUACGUACGCACUGCGCUUGCACCAUACCAGUAAAUAUACGACACAGAUUCCAUUAAAACAACUGUAUGUAACUCAACCUAUACAAUAUUAUAGAACGUAAAAAUAAGAGUACCUAAUUGUUUUCAAUCUUUAUGCACUCGUGAUGUAGGUAUAAUAUUAUGAUAAAUGAAAAAAACCGACGGCUCGGGUACGACAAUAAUCGUAUUAACCGUCCUAGAGGCUUACUGCAUUCAAAGAAAUACUAUAUAAAACGUGCGAAGAAUACAAUUAACUUUUUUUUUUGUUACAAUAUUCUUACUAUAGCCACAUAAUUAUUAUCAUACGUAUGGAUUAUACUGUGUAUAUUUUUUUCGAAACACAUCGCCUACGUUAAAAAAAAAACACUAGUUUUGUACUCGAUUUUAUUAUGUUAAUUUAAUUUCGUAUGGGUUUUGAAAGUUGAAUAUGGUUUAUUUUUUCUUGUCUCUGCACGAUUCGGGGCAUUUUUUUUUCAAAGAAGUUUUCUUCAUUUAAAUUAACACACAGUUAAGUACAAGGAACACUCCGUAGAAUAUGAUUUUGCUUACUAUGUCCACUAAAAAAUAAAUGUUUAAUUAUUGAAGAUAAUAAUAGAAGCUGAAAUAAAGUGUUAUAUUUCAUACAGGAAAUAACACUCUCGUUAGUGAGGAGAAGGAUAACCGGAGAAAGUCUAAAAGUCAAUACGAUAGCUUAUCUGAUCGUGGAGGUUUUCUUUAAGAGAUGGAUAAUGGACACGUAGUGGAUAUUCACUGAAUAAUGACCUUGCAUAGUAUAAGUAUACUGUAUACGACCAAAUCAAAUGGUUUUUUUUUGUCAUUAUUACAAUAUUAUAUUAUUUAUAUCGGUAUACCGCGAGCGCAGAAAAAAAAAACUAAAACUUGUUAAAAUACAAUACUUGUAUCGAUAAGAUGAUUCGAAAUGGAUAUUAAAUUUCUUUGUCUAACACAGUAAUAAUAUCACAGCGUGAUGGUAUUUCUAUACAUUUGAAAGCGAAUGUUUUCGAAAUAGAAAAAUUCGCAUUUUGCCCGAAUUGCCUAUGCCGCGACCCUUUAAAUUUUUGGCGUGUGAUAUUUUCUCGAGUUAUUUUUCGAAUGACUACCUACAAUAAUAAUAUAGAAUUAUAUAGACACCGCGUCUAAGCGACUGCAGUUAUGUUUACGAAAAUAGGUGGUCUUAAUUCAAAGAAGAGAACAAAUAUUAUGCAUUAUUGCGUAUAUAUAGGUAACAGGUUUUGAAUAUAUGCCAACAUGUGUGGUAUUACCUUAACCUCUUUUUUUAUUGUAAAUUAUUUAAUAUAUGGUACAGUAUAGGGUAAAUGGACGCUUUGUACUAUUUAUUGUUUUAAAUACGAAACGCGGAAAUUUCGGCUAAAAGAGCAGAUUUUAAAAGCGGACCUUUUGUACGACGUUAAUAAUAAAUUGCUCAAAAAUUUAGAUUACCGCGCGCAAUAUCAGUAUUAGUUUGGUGACACGAGAGUACAUAUAAUGCAGUUACAAUAUGAGUUUCAAUAAAACGGAGUUGAAUCCGAAAAUAUAAAAAAAUGGCUAUGGAUAAUAUGAAUACCAUCGAAAAUGUAUAACGACAAUAAUUAAUAAAUUACAAAAGAGUGUAAAAUGAUAAUAUCUUUAGAGUUUUUACCAAUUGAACAAGAUCUUCGAAAAUCCAGGGAAGGGACACACUGUAUUGUUUCUGCAUUAUUUUCUAAUUACCUAUGCUAUUUUAAUUUUAGAUUCUGAGUGAAACGAAGAAGCUUAUGGUUUUACAAAGAUGUUUAUUUAUUUUUUUAUCUGUGUGCAGCUUUUCUAUCAGAAAUCUUGCUCCGAUUUUUAAAUGUAGCACAUUUUUUGAAAGGAAAUCAGUGUGGGGAGGUACUUUAGAGAAGUCAAUUUUCUCAAGAGAUUUCUCAUAAAAUUUGUAAGAUUAAAAAAAAUGAUAGAAAAACAGGAAAAUAGAAAAAUUGUAGGUCAUAGUUAAAUACAUUACGGUCUUUUUUUCCUGUAAACAACUUUUCUACGAGAAAUUUUGCUCCAAUAUAAAUUGAUAGCAAUUUUUCUAAAAGGAAAUUCGACUGGGAAGAUUUUUCCAAGAGUUUUCCUGAUGAAUGUAGGAUAACCGGGAAAUUCGGUACAACAUUACAGAAAUAUUAUUAAAAAAACAUAUAUAAAGCUUAUUUAAUAAAUUUAACUAUAAUAUGACAUAUAUAUUGUUUUCAAAGCUUCACUAUCAACUGAACUCAGCUCAGAAUCCUUUUUUUCGUAAGUAAUGAUUUAUCGUUGCUAACUGGUGUAUAUUUAUACAUUCAAUUACCUAUAACAGUGGCUGCACCCGUACUCAUUAUACUAGGACGUCUUUUUCAUGUGUAUAAAUUUAUAACAUAACAAGGGGGUCAUGUCCCCUCCUGCCUCUCUCAAUGGACGUUCAUGUAGUUGAAUAAAUACCUUAUCAAAUACCUAUUAAAUGUUCUUUCCAGAACGACUUCCAUUAAUUUAUUAUUUUUAUUCCACAUAAUAUUAUAGUAUUAGUGGAAAUAAUGGUACGAUUAGAUAAGUGUUGGGAAAGUUCCUUGGAAAGGAAUUCAUUCUCGUCCCUCUUUCUUACUCCGAAAAAGAAACUCAUUCCGGUUCCUUGUUCCCGUUCCUUUUUAGAUUUUGAGUGUAGUGAAGAAUGUAUUGGUUUUACUCAGAUGUUUAUUUUCUUAUACCUUGUACAAAAAUUCGACCAGAAAUUUUGCACAGAUAUUUACGCGCGGCACCAUUUCAAAAAGGGAGUGUUGUCCAGGUGGUAAUUUUAGGAGGUCGUUUUUUGAUUUUCCAUGCAGUUUUCAUAAUAUCUGGAAAAAACUAGGAUAAAACUUAAGAAAAACGGGGCAUUCACGAAAAUAAUGUUUUUAUUAUUUUUUAAUUUCGUUAUUUAUUGUAAUUUAGUAAAAAUAUUUGUACAGACUUGAAAUUUGGAGAGAAAGCUUAUAUUUCCCUUUUAGACGUGAUAAAAUUAAAAAAAAAUUUAAGCCAUUUUUGAGUUAUUUAUAGAAAUUUUAAUUUUGCUAGUUUUGUACGUAAUUUUUAUUCAGUAGGUCAGACUGACUAAGUUUCGAAAUUAUAUCUAUUUAAAGUUCUGAUAUUAUGCGGACAUUGUAUGUUAUGUUAAAUAAAUAAAUGUUGUUUUUUCUAAAUUAUGACACCAAACAAUUAAUUAUUCACAUGGAACAAAUUAUUUUAGCGAGGAAUGAAAUAAUUAAUUUAAUAAAUUGGCUGGAACAGCUAAUCCAUGUCUCUGGACUGUUUUGCGAUCUUUGCAAUUAAACGAAUUUCCUAGUCACAAAAAAAAAAAAAAAAAAAAUGAACUAAAAACUAAGAUAGGCAAGAAAAAAAAAAUGCACGGUUCGUGGUUCUUUACGAUACUUUUAAAUUAUCCCGUUUUCACCGGUUUUUCUUAAUUAUUACGAAAACCGUAAGAAAAACGAAACAAAUACAAAACACUCUUCUGUAAAGCACCAGCCAGACGGAAUUUUAUUUCAAAAAAUGACGGUAAACGUAAUUUCAACACCGUAAUAUAGUAAAUAAUAAAUGCAGCAAAUACAUUCAUAUAAUAUUUAUUUAUUUAUUUAUUUAUUAACGGGCUUGGCGCCAAAAUAAAAAAAUACAAUUUACAGUAAUCAAUAAAUUUGAAAAAUCAUUAAAGUAAACAAGCAAUAGAAUGGAUUUUUUAAUAACAAAUGGUAAUUUUGAAAUCAAAAAAAAAAAAAAAACCAAAUGAAAAAUGACAAUGACAAACGAAUUACCGUCCUUAAUACUAAUCAAAACAAUUUGAGAAAAGCUAAGAUGCUCGUUACCAGUACGGAGAAUGGGGUUAUUUCUCUACCAUCACGGUUGGUGUUGUCAUGAAAUGGAACAGUAAAGGAAGAAUGAGACCUAGUUGAGUGAGGACUGUAAAAUUUAUUGGAGAAAGACGAGAGUAGAGCAUAGUCCGUCAAUAAGCGGUCGUAUAGUAUAAAAAAUAGUCACCUAUUCAACAUUUUAAAAUCCAAAAUCAAGUCCGCGUUUCCGUUAUUACAGGUAUAUUUAUUUUGUCGGCCGGUUUCCCUCCCCCCUCCCCCUCCGAAGUACGUUACCCGCAAUAUUUUAUUAUUAUAAUUAUUUACAUACAUAAUGUACGGUCCGGUGGGCGGCGACACGUGUCGCGCUCGUUCGCUACUGCCGAAACGGCGGGAUGAUAAUAAUAAUAAUAAUAAUAACAACAACAACAUUAGGUAAUGCCAUUGUAACAAUAAUAAUAAUAUUUUUAUUUUGAUUUUUUUUUUGUUUUGUUUUGUCCACAGGUACGCGUCGUUAG